AUGUUGCGUUAUCCAAAACCAUUACAUAAAAUGAUAAAAAACGAAUUGUUAUCGGGCGUUCCUUUGCUUAUACUGGCGAAUAAACAAGAUUUGCCAGAUGUGAUGGGGGUACGUGAAAUUAAACCAGUAUUUCAGCAAGCCGGAGCACUAAUAGGCAGGAGAGAUUGUCUAACAAUACCAGUAUCUGCACUAACUGGUGAAGGCAUUGAUGAAGGUAUUAAAUGGCUGGUAGAUGCCAUCAAACGGCAUUCCAUAGUAAGGCCUCCUAGAGAAAAUGACUGACCAACGUAAUCAAAAUCAAUUUUUUGUCGCUACUGAUUUUUUCCACUCUCUCAACUAAUUCCAACAAAAUUAUUUUUAAAACAAUUAAUAAUAACAAAUUAAGUUCAGCA